CUCUUUUCCGUCAACACCUCUCGUUUCUUCUCCACCACCACCGCGGCGUACGCGAAGAAAAAGAUGCCCCCCAAGAAGAAGGAAGCCCCGGAGAAGAAGGUCCUCCUUGGACGCCCCAGCAACAACCUCAAGGUUGGCAUCGUGGGUCUCCCCAACGUCGGGAAGUCGACCUUCUUCAACGCCUUGACCAACACAGACUUGGGCAAGGCUGCCAACUUCCCCUACGCGACGAUCAACCCUGAAGAAGCUCGUAUCCCCGUACCCGAUGAGCGCUUCGACUGGCUCUGCGAGCUGUACAAGCCUCAGAACAAGGUUCCCGCAUUCCUCACGUGCCUAGACAUUGCCGGCUUGACAGCGGGUGCAUCCACCGGUGCGGGUCUCGGCAACAGCUUUCUGUCGCACGUACGUGCGGUCGAUGGUAUCUUCCAAGUCGUGCGCGCCUUCGACGAUGCCGAGGUUACCCACGUCGAGGGUGAUGUCGACCCGCUACGCGACAUGGACAUCAUCUCGACGGAGUUGAGGCUGAAGGACAUCGAGUGGGUAGAGAAGCACCUCGAUGGCUUGAAGAAGACUACGCGCUCCCUGGGCAACUCGAGCUUGGCCGACAAAGCUCGGAAGGAGGAAGUUGCAACCGUCGAGAAGAUCUUGAAGACGCUCACCGUCGACAACAAGGACGUGCGCAAGGUUGACUGGAAUAACAAGGAGAUCGAUGUCGUGAACGGCUUGCAGUUGCUGACAGCGAAGCCGGUUACUUACCUCGUCAACCUGUCCGAGAAGGACUACGCCCGGAAGAAGAACAAAUGGCUACCGAAGAUCAAGGCCUGGGUCGAUGAGCACAACCCUGGGGACCCCAUCAUCCCCUUCUCGGUCGCGUUCGAGGAGCGGUUGAGUUUGCUGCCUGAAGAGGAGCGCGAGCAGGCGCAGAAGGACGCCGGCUGCGAGAGCGCUCUGGGCAAGAUCACGAAGGCCGGUUACAGUAGCUUGAGGCUCAUCCGCUACUUUACGUGCGGUCCUCAGGAGGUGCGCGCCUGGACCAUCCGCGAAGGCACGAAGGCGCCGCAGGCUGCCGGUGUCAUCCACUCCGACUUCGAGAACAAGUUCGUGUGCGGUGAGAUCAUGUCGUACGAGGACCUUCGCGAGCAUGGUAGUGAGGCGGCCGUCAAGGCGGCGGGCAAAUUGCGUCAACAGGGCAAGCCGUAUGAGAUGGUUGACGGCGACAUCGCGUACUGGAAGUCCGGCGCGUAGGAUACCACUUAUAGUAGCAGCAAUAUAGAAGUGUACAUAUCUUGAAGAGCGCGAGAUAUCUUUAACUUUGAACAAGCAAGUUCGUCUUCCC